UUUGUCAGCUUGGGGGGCCUAGAGCAAUGCAGGGGGCCUAAAGAGCCCUAAAUAUAUUAGGCCCUAAAUUGACUAGGCCUCAUAAAUUAAAAAUAGGCCCUAAGGCCUAAAAUGGGCCCCUAAGUUGUGCCUAUGUACGUUCUCACAAUACCUUUCACAUUAAUUAUCAAGCAUGAGAUAAUAAGUGUAGUCCCACAUUGGAAAUAUUAAUCAAUGGCAUCCAGCCAGCAUACAAUCUUGCAAACCAACUAGUAAAAUGAGUCCCACAUAGAAAAAGCAGAGGCUAAAGUUGCAUGUUGAUAUAAUAGAAACCACACAUUACACUAUCCUCGUAAGAGUAACUUGCAUAGUAGAUAGGACUAACAUCAUUGUUGUUAACUUGUAAUUAUGUAAUAGAAUCAUGCAUAGUUCAGAGCACAUUGGCACACUAUCCUAUCCCUAAGAGUAAAUUGUUGCAUAAUACUUGACACUUUUACAUAACAAAAUGGAAACCUGGUUCAUUGCAGUACUUUCUCUAUGCAUAAUCUUCCUCAUCAGAGCCACCUUCUCCUCCCUUACCAACAAUAAACCCACCGUAAACCUCCCUCCCGGUCCACCACAUAUACCAAUCAUCACAACCCUCUUAUGGCUUCGAAAAUCAUUCUCACAACUCGAACCAGUUCUCAAAACACUCCAUGCCAAACAUGGUCCUAUCAUCACUCUCAAGAUCAUUUCCCGCCCUUCUAUUUUCAUUGCUGACCAUUCCAUAGCUCACCAUGCUCUCAUUCAAAACUCAUCCAUCUUCUCCGACCGUCCCAAACCAUUUCCCACCUCCAUAAUCAUGUCCUGCAACCAACACACCAUUAGUUCUGCUUUUUAUGGUGCCACUUGGCGUACCCUUCGUCAUAACCUUGCCUCAGAGAUGCUUCAUCCUUCCAAAAUCAAAUCUUUCUCAGAUAUCCGCAAGUGGGUCCUAGACACUCUCAUAAUCCGUCUUAAAUCCGCUUCAGAAUCGGAAUAUGCAGAUUCUGUUACUGUCAUUCCUCACUUCAAGUAUGCCAUGUUUUGUUUGCUGGUUUUCAUGUGUUUUGGUGAAAGAAUUAACCAUGAAAAAAUCAAUGACAUUGACCGUGUACAACAAUCCUUUCUGUUGAGUAUCAGUAAAAUCAACAUACUGAAUUUCUGGCCGAAAGUUACAAGGAUUUUGUUGCAUAAACGCUGGGAGGAGUUUUUGAAAUUGCGUAAAGAUCAAGAAGAUGUUCUGCUUCCGUUAAUAAGAGCCAGGAAGCAGGCUAAGGAAAGCAGAUUGAACAAUCUUAACACGUAUGUGGAUACUCUUUUGGAGUUGGAGUUGCCUGAGGAGAAACGUAAGUUGAAUGAAGAUGAAAUGGUUAGUCUUUGUUUAGAGUUUUUGGGCGCUGGGACGGAUACUACUUCCACUGCUUUGCAGUGGAUAAUGGCGAAUUUGGUGAAGUACCCGGACGUGCAGAGGAGGAUUGUGGAGGAGAUUAGGGAUGUGAUGGGCGGAGAUGAUAAUGGAGAGAAGAAGGAAGUGAAAGAGGAAGACUUGCAUAAGUUUCAGUAUCUCAAGUGUGUGAUUUUGGAAGGGUUGAGGCGUCAUCCACCGGGGCACUUUGUGUUGCCUCACGCGGUGACUGAGGAUGUGGUUUUGAAUGGUUACUUGGUGCCAAAAACUGGGGUGGUGAAUUUUUUGGUGGCACAAAUGGGGUGGGACUCUCGUGUUUGGGAGGAUCCAAUGGAGUUUAAGCCGGAGAGAUUUUUGAAGGAUGAAAUGUUUGAUAUUACAGGGAAAAAAGAGAUAAAGAUGAUGCCGUUUGGUGCUGGGAGGAGAAUCUGUCCCGGAUAUACUUUAGCUUUGCUUCAUUUGGAAUAUUUUGUUGCUAAUUUGGUUUGGAAUUUUGAUUGGAAGGUUCCGGAAGGUGGAGAUGUGGAUUUGUCGGAAACAUCAGAAUUCACUGUGGUCAUGACAAAUCCAUUGAAAGUUCAUAUUUCGCUUAGAAUGUAGAUUCUAUGUUAUGUGUAAGUGUAAUCAUAUCCUUGGAGUAUGUAUGUUGCUUUAUUCAGUUGUUAGUGAAAGUAAAAUGUGUCUACAACUUUGUGUAAACCAUUGUAGAUUCUGUUCUUGGCUUUGUAAUAAAGUAUAUGAUGCAGAUUAUUGUCAUAUCUGAAAAACAUGUUAUGCAUCCUCCCUAAA